ACCACGCAUGUGUUGAUCCGCGCUGCAGCAACGUGCAUCAGUUCCUCUCUGACCCGAGUGUAAAUCUGUAUUCAGACCGAGGCUCCACUCGUUUUUAGAGUAGCUCAUUACGGCGAAGGGGGGGGGGCUUCGUCGUCUGUGACCGUUUUCCGAGGCCCUGCUGCCAGCCAGGCUCUGCCGAUUCAGCAGCAGCAGCAGACACGCGAAGAAAAGAGAAACGAGAAAGAGAAAAACGAGCGAUACGGAAUCCAGCCCGAGCUCCGACUCGCAUCGAUUUUGGUUUUUGGCUGAUUUGAUUCCACCGCACGUCCGCCUCGGGUCUACACUUGCAGACCCGCUGCUGCGAGCGUCCGUUAUGUAUCGCAGAGAGGAAACACAGUGAAUAGACGGACACGUCCAUCUGCACAGAAAAAAAAAAAAAGGAAAGAGGAAACGAAGAUGGUGACGAUGGCUUCACCUAGUUUAGCUUCCAAAUGCUCGGCAGCAAUGGCGAAGCUCUCCCUCUCCUCGAAGCUGCUUCUCUGGCUCUUUAUUGCCGUUCAUCUCCCGACAAGCUCUUUCCAGACUGAAUAUGAUGAUGAGACGGCUAACAAGACAUGGGUGCUGACUCCCAAAGUAUAUGAGAGCGAUGUCACGCACAUCCUAAAUAGCCUACUUGACGGAUAUGACAACAAACUCAGACCCGACAUUGGAGUCAAACCGACAGUGAUUCACACGGACAUGUUUGUCAACAGCAUCGGACCAGUAAAUGCCAUCAACAUGGAAUACACCAUCGACAUCUUUUUCGCCCAGACCUGGUACGACAGAAGGUUGAAGUUCAACAGCACCAUGAAGGUCCUGCGUCUCAACAGCAACAUGGUCGGGAAGAUCUGGAUCCCGGAUACUUUCUUCCGUAACUCGAAGAAGGCGGACGCUCACUGGAUCACCACGCCCAAUCGCAUGCUUCGAAUCUGGAACGACGGUCGGAUACUGUACACGCUGAGGUAAAACAUCAAAUGUGACUGGAUGCU